AUGAGAACCGUUCUCAGAACUGAUAAGUUUAAUGACUUUCACAUGCAAGGGGAGGAAGCAACGAUACAAGAGAUGCAUGAAAGGCUAACUCAGACUGAGCGAAACAUCUCUAACGAGCCAAGAAAAGAAUAUGAUGAUGUUCUUAUGGUUAGUAAAAGGCAAUCACUCAAUAGGAUUAGGACUGCUAUUAAGAAGGACAAAAGCAAACAAGUUGCCAAGUCCGAAACUUCUGAAAAGCAAAAGACUAAACCAAAACCAAAAGUUGCUGAUGAGCACUAUUGUUACACCUGUAACAAGGUUGGUCACUGGAAAAGUAGUUGUCCCAAGUAUCUGAAGGAUCAAAACAAAGGAGUAUCUAGUUCAGAUAUGUAUGUUUAUAGAAGUUAA